CGGAGGUGAAAAGAAGCGGGAGAGGGGAGCGAAUCAGCGUUUCUGAGAUAUGACGUGCUCCCUAGUGUCCUCUGAACAGUCUUCUGGUACCUCUCUCUUGCUUAAAGACACUGCCUCAUUUUCGUGGCGCUCCUUGGAUGAGGAUGAAUUGAAUGACUCCUUGCUGGAAUUGUGUGAUGGGGAAGAAGAUGAUGGCCAUUUCAGUUUCACAGAGGAAGAGAUCCAGGAACUCUUGAAGGAUGAUGAUCCACCAGAUGAGCACCCUAGGGUAGAAGGGUUGCUUAAAGAUGACAGCAGCCAUGUUGACAAGGGAGGGAAAGGGAAUCAAAUUCUACUUGAUCCUCCAGAAGAGAAAAAUUCAGUGUGUGGCUUGGGACCAGUAGAUGAGACGCUUGACCUCUUCAAACUACCUCAGCAAACAACAUCAGUUGGUCAUGGAUCAACUUUUACUAAACCAUUAAACAGACGCUUUGCACUAGAUAAGAAUCUUAUAAAAAUUACAGUUGUUGCACCAUUUGACCCAACAGUUUAUGACACUGUGAUUGAUGAGGAUAAGACUGAUUCAUCCAAAGAUAGUGAGAAACCUUCCUCCUUUGGAGAAGAGAUGAGAGAAGAUGCUCUUAGCCCAAAUGAGAACAAACUUUGCACUUUGUCUGAAGGGAUCAGCCCCAAUCACGCUGCCUGGGAUGGGUCCUUGCUCUCUUCAAACUUUCAAACUGUCUCUGAUAAGAAACCUACACCUAUAUUCUCUCAGAUCAUGGACCAUUCAGAGAGUUCUAACAUGGGGGCAACCUGGAGAAAUGGAUCACAUAAAUCAAGUUGUGAAAAGAGGUGUCCAGUUGUCCCUGGCUCAUCAAAAAGAAAACAGAAUGUUCUUGACAAGGAUUCUAAGAAGCUGAAAGUCCAUGAAAGAAGACUAGGCAAAGUCAUUCCUGUUCUGCAAAACCAAACAAGGAAUAAUGUGCCAACGUUUUCACAAUCAGAUCUAGAACAGCAGAAGCAAAAUUAUCUCAGGAGUGUCAUUGCUCAUAUAGAAAAUCCAGUGGACUCUAACCAAGGUACCUUGGGGGAGCUGUGUGUCUUGAUGGAUCAAGUUCAUCAUAUGCAAAACCAAAAAUGGCAGCACCCUUCAGACCUUACCAUGCGAAACUAUGCCCGGUUCCGACAAAAUUCCCUGGAAAGAUACAGUUUGACUCAGUGGGUUGACAGGAAUGAACGAAGCCACCACCGAUUUCAGCGUCUCCCAUGCAGUCCCAUCUCAUCACAUCAGCAUUGAAAGUUCCAAUUACAAGUCCUAUCCAGAGCAUCAGCUCAGCUUCUGUUGAUUUGUGCUUUGUAGAUUUCUAAUUUUAUUUUUCACAAGAUUUUUAUUUAAAGAAUUUGUCACCUUUUGGA